AUGGAGCAUCGAUCAUAUUGGGGAGUGAAGAAACUAAACUUGGAUUUCUUAAAGGCCGGAAAGGAGAGAAUGCUUCACCUCAAUUUGCUAGAUGAGUUUAGGAAUGAGGCUUUUGCCAAUUCUUCUAUCUAUAAGGCAAGGUUGAAGACAUAUCAUGACAAGUUGAUUGAAAAAAAGGAGUUCUUCCCGGGGGAUGCAGUGUUACUCUUCAAUCAUAGAUUGAGGUUAUUUCCGGGCAAGCUCAAGUCUAAAUGGUCCGGACCCUUCACUAUAAAAAAUGUGAUGACCAAUGGAACAAUGAAGCUUAUUGGGCAUGAUGGAGGCACUUUCAUGGCAAAUGGCCACAACAUCAAGAGGUUCUACUCCAAGAAUCAACAAGAUGAGGUGUUUGUUGUGGCCUUGACCGAAUGA